UCGAAAUAUGUUUUCUGCGUGUGUGUGUCUGCAUUUAUUUGUGUGUCUUUGCACACUUACUCAUUUACAGUAAUUCAUAAUCGUCCUCCAAAAGCAUUUUUUACAGCUGUGAGCUCUAAUCAAAGAAUCGGAAAGGGGCGAAUUAGGCUGAUUGCCAACACGCACGCACUCACGCACACGUAUACACACGGACGAAUUCACACAGUGCACGCACAUUAAUUUCUGUUUUGAUUGUAAAAACAUACAGAAAAUCUAGAUGCUUGGAAACACUUUCCAUCAAUACCGUGCUGUAUGCCCUUCUGUCAUGAGUCUGGCGCGAGAAGAAAUUCUUUUUUUCUAUACUGGAUUGCCGUGUGGAAAAUAACUAAAUAAAAACUAUAUAACUCUCUCCCUGCCUGCUAUCUUGAUGAAAAGAGUGGGUAUGUAAAUACGAAAUACCGAGCCUUCAAAAUCCAUACCAUCAUAUUUACUUUCAGAACAAAAGCUUCCAUGCAAGGUAUAAUUAAAUGUUUAUUUCUUGAGUCUUAUCGAUUGAGUCUUAUUUAGGCUUCAAACAACAGAAGCUGCUCCUUUUUUAAUUCUCUGUCUCUAUGACUUCCUCUCAAAACAUUUUAUAAUCAGAGCCCAUUGUAUGCUUUAUUCGGAAGAUUUUUGCUACUUUGCUGCAACUGAUUCGUGAGAUAGAGUUGAGUCUAGACGACAUGAAAAUCAUUUAGGGCGUACAUAUACGCAUUAAUUAAAUAUUCGGUUUCAUUAGAAACAAUAACAUCUGCAAUGCAGAACUGUGCGAAUCUGUGAUGUCUUUUCUGUUCAACGCCUACAUGUCUGGUCUAGACGAUGCUCUUAUCGCCAAUAUUUCCACAGAUUCAAAACGCACUGACCUUCAGGUCAGUGGCUUGACAGUGGAGCAGUUUACGCUCGUCCACAAUCUCGACGCCCGAACAGAGAAGAUAACUCUUGCAAAUGUCACCAAGGCUACCUCAUUCCUCCCCUCGAGUAAUCCUAACGGUAUUAUGAAAUACGAGACGUACCUUCUCUGCGAGUAUAUCCUAUCCUGCUGGCUGCACAAUGCCAUCACUCUCGUUGGCGUUCCGACCAACCUCAUCAGCUGCUUGGUGUUCUACAAACAGGGGCUGCGUGACCGCAUGAACCUCUGUCUCUUCUGUCUGGCCCUUGUCGACCUGCUCUUCGUGGCUCUCUUCUACACCAUCGGCACGUACUGCAUCGUGGGCUACUUCCGGCCGGAUAUUCAAGACUGGUGGAAGUGGAGCGUCAGAUGUUACGUCACUGGGGUGUACCGGGCUUUCUUGUUCUCUUCCGGUUGUCUGACCAUGGUUAUUGCUGUAGAGCGGUGUGUCUGCGUGUUGUACCCAAUGAAAGCAGAGAACUUGAUCCAGACUAGAACGAUGGCAAGGAUAAUAUUGGGCAUAGUCUUCACGAUGCAUCUGUUGUGUUUAGUAUACCCCUUGAAGCUAAGUGUAGCGUCAGUGCCGAGGGCAAACAGUAAUCAGGUAGACUACAAACUGGGGGUAACCAAGCUCUACCUGCAAAACCAGUACGUGUUUGACAUCGUCGAGAACACGAUAAUCAUGACAGUGAUUCCUUUCACCACAUACAUCGUCGUAGUCCUCGCUACAGCCGUGACAGUCGUUCAGCUGAAUCGAGCCCUGGCGUGGAGGCAGAUGUGGGGGUCCUCCGUUAGCAGCAGCACGGCGCGGCAGACGCUGCUGGUGAAGAUGCUCGUGGCCGUCUCGUGCAUCUACAUCCUGCUGACGUCACCAAACAUCGCCCUGGGCAUCACGCGCUCCGUGGUGGCCGAGUUUGCAGUGGACCGCAGCUACGCCUACCUGUUUCUAGCCACGCAUGGCGUGUAUUUAGAGAUGUGUAUGCUCAACAGUUCCAUCAGCUUCUUCGUCUAUUUUACUCUGUCGUCAAGGUUCAGGAGAACUCUGUAUAAUAUGAUCAGCGCGCACACCACUAAUAAAAGUAUGCGUUCUAAUUUAGUUAAGGUUUUGAAAAGGAGACUGUACAAACCUCAGUUUAAGAAAAAAAAAAAAAAAAGAACUUUGUCAGAAAACAUGAAAUUACAGGUAUAUAAUUGCAUUAUUCGCAUUUUUCUACAGUACCCCAUGUUGUGUAUCAAAACAGCUCGUCAAUAAUUAGAACGUUAUCAGUAAUUUACGGAAUACGGGCAGAUUAAUGUAAUUUUUUUAAAGCUGGUUACAAGCGCUGUUAUGAAUCCUCAGGUAACCGCAGAUAGUCACAACAACAAAUAACGUGUACAUUGUUUGGUUUAUCCGUACAAUGUACCGUAGGAGCUAGUUGCACAAUGGGCUUCUAAAACUUAGAACUGUUUUAAAGAAACGUUUUGCUUUUCAAAAUUCGCUCUCACGCCAUUUCGAAGAAUUGCCCAAGGGCAUAAGAAAAAUGUGCCAACGUGAACGAAAGUCUGGAUUAAAUAGUUUUAUCUUAUUUAAAAUAAAUUUAGUUUAAAAAGGUCUAAAACGUUCUUGUGCUCAGUGUUUCUAUAAAACUGACUGUUUAAACAGAUUUAAUAACAUUAAUGUGUUUACAGUUAAAGAUGUUGUGCAGCUGGCUCUGGUCUUUAUUCAUCGCAACCCCGUCCUCCCUUCACCAUCACUGAAUUAUAUUCAUCGCGGGGAAGUUCUAUUGACAUACAGAACCUUGCUAGCAGAGCAGCCAAUGUUGCCAGAGAAGGAGGAAUACAACAUGAUCGGCUUUUCGCUGACAGAAGACAAUACGAGCGGCAUUUUGAGCCUUCUUAAUCCUGUCCAGUAGAGAUUAGAGAGGGGGACGAGUAGAGAUUUGCAGGAAUCUAACUGGAACGACCCAAACGUAUACAUAAGCUUUUUUGGUGGCGGAAGCUGGAGAGAAUGGUUGCGGAUUCUAUGGAGAAGGAAGAUGGACUUGCAGUCUGGAUUGAUGUGAAAUUCUAGAAGUGUCCGUGAGUACACUAAGAUUCCAAAUGUUCUCAGUUUUGUCGUCAUUCAUUUUCUUUGUAUCUAGGUGGACAUUCAGUCUUUCAAAGAGUCAACUAUUUCCUGUGUGGUGGUGAAAAUCUUCUGGAGCUAAAAAGAAGACAUUUGCAAGUGUGUAUUAUCGGCAUUUGCGGCCCUAUGCUCCUCGAGGAGUAGC